AUGGAUAUCUACGCACGCGUUCGGACAAGCAUAGCGUCCUGGAAACACGACACACCCCUUCCAACUGACCUAUCAGCGGAUCCAAAAUUCCAGUCCUGGCACCAGUUCAACCCCAACUCCAAGCAGUGGGAUCCAGUAAGCGCGAAUGAAAAUGCAGAAGAACCCCACACCGAUGGAGCAUCAUCCGAUCUAGUACUAUUGACAUGGAAUAUCGACGCACUAUCCGAGCGGACGCAAGAACGCGUCACUGAAAUUCUCACAUUCAUCACUCAGCUGAAUACCAAGGUCGACGUGAUAUUCCUGCAAGAAGUUUCACAGCGUGCUUUGCGACUGAUCUUGAGCGAUGAACGUAUCGGCGAAUCGUGGUUCUCGAGUGAACAUGAGAACUCGCCAACAAGACAUUCGUUCACGACAAUGACAUUAGUUUCCAAAACACGGUUUCGAUCACCAAGCUCCGGAAUAAGCAGGUUCGCUCUAGGGCCUGUGUGGAGGGUAGCUUUCCCUAGUCACUUUGGAAGAGAUGUGCUAUUCUGUGAUCUCUUCAUUUCUUCACCUACAGACGCUUCUUCUACCACACGAGUACGGCUUGCAAACGUUCAUUUGGAUUCAUUGCCGAUCAAACCUUCGCACAGACCCAAGCAACUCUCUAUUGUCUCCUCUUUUCUGCGUAGUGCAGGCCGCGGGCUGGUUGCUGGUGACUUCAACCCGGUUCUUGAGGAAGAUGCCGUUCUCAUAGAGUCCAAUGGACUUACAGAUGCCUGGAUAGCCCUUCGUGCCGAAGAACCUGGGUAUACAUGGGGAGCUGAUGGGAAGCAGCGAUUUCCGCCAAAUCGGAUGGACAGAGUUGCGCUGCUUGGUCUCAAAGCGCGUGGAAUUGAAAUAUUGGAGGCUCAGCGAGUGGGGGAGUCAGAUGAAGAACAGAACCCUCAAACUGACACGAAUACCCCCGAGUCCCAGGAGACUCAGUCUACAGUCACGCUUUGGAGCGAUCAUCAUGGUUUGCUUUGUUCUUUCGGCCUUGAGUGA